AUGGUGAGUGGCAGUUUCAGAUGAUACAAAGCCGUGUGCUGGAGGGAUCAUGUGCUGACGUUUUUAUAGGACUUACAGCGUUAAGAAACCAUCGAAUUCAGAAGACUUUGUUGUGACUGAAUCUAAAUUACCCAGUCAAGAGCAAAGGCUUUGGUGUACUUUUCGUUGAGAAGACAUCGAUCUUGCAGACGGAGUAAUGAACACUGCCAAAGUCAUGCCAGUGGACCUUGCCAUGCACAUGGGCCUGAAUCGCCAUCCUCCAGUAGGACAACUUUUGGGCUUGUCCACGCUUAGAGCCCAUCAUGCUGUUUCUAGACCUAGCAUGUGCGAUUCUCAGCAACCCAGACCUCCUAGAUCCCCCCAGAUUCCUAUCUCUCCUUUAAACUCUACAAGCCCUUGCGGGAUUCUCAAGAAGAAAAAACGAGUAGUAUUCGCAGAUGCUAAAGGACUGUCCCUAACUGCGGUACGCAUCUUCAAGUCAGAUCCUCCGAUCUCCGAUAUGGAGGAGCUGUCUCCACCGGUCAAAGUGCAGACGGAGUUAUCUGCCCAAGGAAAGCAGCUGCGUCUCCGUUUGGGGUUCACUCAGCCUGCUGAUUUACCAUCAUACUUUGAAGGUCUGACAAAAUCUCUGGUGCAUCUGGAGAGCUGCACCUUGAUCUAUGGAUCGCUACUCGGAAAGGUGAGGGUCUGCAACAUCAGUCAAGAGAAAGCCGUGCAUAUUCGCAUCACGUACGACUCGUGGAGAAGCCACCAGGACAUCCCAUGUACGCCUAUCAAAGAGAAGAAAGGAAACUCUGAGACAGAACUGUUUGUCUUUAACGUCCCUAUUCCUUUCUGUCCCAGUGUUCAGGAUCGUUUAGAGUUCUGUGUGUCCUUCCGUCCAGGAUCUGGCAACAUUAAUCUGUGGGACAGCAAUGGUGGACAAAACUAUCGAAUUCUUGUAGAGGACAUUGACUCAGAAGAAGCCUGCAUGGUUGAGAAAAAACCCUUGAGGCCCCAGAACUUUCAGAAUCCCAAAUCACUGCCUUUGAGAAAUGGUCCAGUUUCGUAUAAGUCAGCAAAUUUUGGCUCACACAUUUCCUCUGAGAAUAUGAGCAAACUCUUAUUUAGGGAAAGACAAAUUUAUCAGGAGAGAUAGAAAGAGAAAUACAGGAUGUAUGUUCUGGGAGCAAUUGA